AUGAAUAUGUUGGAUGAUGAAGAUGACCAAAGCUUUUACGCUACGCGUGACGGCUACUCCCCUUUGAGCAAUGUCGAAUGGGAUGCGGUUGAACGGAUGGGUUCAACCAUGGGCAUCCAUGCUGUUAGCGUCAUGCGAGAGGCUCUCAAUAGAGAUGCCCAACAUGCUACUAUCGCCAAGUUCAUUCAAAAUGAACUUGACGCAGAACGCGAGAAAGUAGCCUUGCUUCACCAACAAGGUUCUCAACAAGCAGAGUUGUUGAGAGAACGGGUGCUCAACAACGACGCCAUAAGGGCGCGUCGCAUCGACGAUGGGGAGAUGCAAGUUGCAUUUGCCCAAUCAAAUCUGGCAGGACGUGCCAAGACUUGGGCUUUGGGGCUCAAGUUGCACGAGCCAUAUGCGUUUGGGUCGUUAGAAGUCUUCAAGUCGCGGCUCAGACAAACGUUGAAACCACCUAGAGCUGAGUUCAGGGCUCGAACUAGGAGUUCCAACUCGGUUGAUGAACACACGUUGGUUUUGGUGUUCAUACAGGGUCUUGCGGAUGGUCCCGUCAAGACUCACCUGUUCCGGCUUGAACUAGAUUCACUAGAACAAGCCAUUUCCAUUGCUGAACAGGAAGACUUCAGUCUGAGACAGGCUCGCGCCAACUCGACAUCAUAUCGUCAACCGAGACGAUAUGACAGCGGAGGUCCAGAGCCGAUGGAACUCUGUUAUGUAAAGAGCGAGAAGGCUCGCUCUACAGACAACAAAAGGUUGCAGAAAUGCAACAGAUGUCAGAAGACAGGAAGCUACGCUUACGAGUGUAGUGCCCCUCGUCCAGUGUCUCGCAACACUGGGCGUAGUGACCGUCCACCCAUGAGAAAGGGGCAGGGACGCGGGUCCGCUGUUGGUGCAAAGACGCAACAACGGGAUGGACCGUCAAAAAAUGGACAGGAUCAGUAG